UUCCUGCGCGAAAACAACUCCCAUGUUGUAGCAUGCAGCUUUUAUAUAGAAAAAUUUAGCAAACACGACGUGAGUCACGUGACACUUAAGACGUCGCGAAAUGGAUAUCGAUAUGGCAUGAAUGUCCAUCUAUGAUUGUGAUUACGCCACACCAUUUUCAGGGCUUCUUACUAGCGUCACGUCGUGUUUGCUAAAUUUCGCUGAUAUCGUCAAAGAAGCCGUGAUAGCCACUCAUCUAUUUUUCUAGUAUAGGUCAGUGGUAUAGCUGAAGCUCAAUUUGUGCUGGUAGCUUUUGCCUCGUGCGAAACAUUUCUUUGUUUGCAAUAGCGUCGUCCAGCAAGUGAGUGAGCCCGCUGGUACAACCGUUGUUGGUGAAUGCAUAGAUUCUUCUUCAAUGAUGACUCGGCCAUCAGUGGCGUACGGGAGACGAUAAUUGGUGGGGGCACAUAUUCAUAUAUUCAUGUUAACAGAUCUGUAAAGACAAUGGAUUUGAGAAGAAAUCAAUCUUACACAACCUGAAUAUAUGAAUAUGUACCCCCUCCCUCCAACUAUUGUCUUCCGUCGGAAGACAGAGAAGAUCAUAAAUGAUAUGCAAAUAAUCAAAGUGUUUAUGUAGAAGUGCUUUGAGUGGGUAUUGUUUUAAGAAGGCAAUAAAUUGAUCCAGAAACGUUUGCUAUGACAGUGUCCGUGGACGAAGUUUUAAGCGAAAUAGGAGGAUAUGGCAAGUAUCAAAUCCUCAUGUUGCAAUUGGUUGGUUUCAUUGAGUUUGGUAUAUCUUCUUUCAAUGUUAUGAUCAUUACAUUUAUCGCUGGAGAACCAACUUGGGAAUGUGUUUCAAAUAGCACUGUGUGUAAUAUAACCGGAAUGGUCGAUACCACCAGUGAUGAUUACAAUGCAAGAUGUGAUAUGCCAAGAUCAGAAUGGAAAUUCUCUGAUACCUUCACCUCUACUGUUACCGAGUUUGAAUUGGUAUGCAGCAAAAGUAUUCUGCAGAACGUCUCAUCUUCUCUCUUCUGGCUUGGAUGGUUGAUCGGCAAUUUGGUAUUCGGUCAUAUCGCUGAUAAAAUAGGAAGAAGAAAAGCAAUUUUACUUGGUGUAUUCGCCACCUCAGUUGUCUCUUGGGUGAUAGUUUGGCCCAGAUAUCUUUCCGUAUACAUUAUUUGUCGCAUUCUCACCGGGGUUAGCUGUGCUGGGGCAUCGAUGAUAAGUUUUGUUCUCCUUGUUGAAUACAGCGGUGUAAAACAUCGGUCAUGGGCAGGAACGAACAUCUGGUAUUUUGGUUCAGCAUGUUUCAUGUUUCUGUCAUUGUUGGCGUAUUUGAUACGAGAGUGGAGAUACUUGAUGUUAUAUGGUGCGUGUGUAUCUGUCCCUGUGGUAAUGUCGACGUGGUUUCUUCCUGAAUCAUGUCGUUAUCUGUUGGUGAACAAUCGUCACGACGAAGCGGUGAAACAGUUAGAAAAAGUAGCACGCCGGAACGGCAAACCGAUGCCAAAAGUUGAACUAGAAAAACCAAAGCAAGUUGUACAUGAAAAAACGGAUGUCAGAGAUUUGUUUUACGACAAAAAUGUUGCAAAAGUUACUAUUGCUAGCUGGAUUACUUGGUUUUGCUGUGCUCUAGUUUACUAUGUUAUAAGCUAUGGGGCCAUUUAUCUCGGAGGAAAUAUAUACCUAAAUUUCUUCCUUGUUAGCUUGGCUACUGUUCCCUCAACAUUUACAUCCAUCGUAUGCAUGAACAAAUUUGGUCGUCGAAAGGCUAUUGCCGGAGGAAUGGUAAUCUCAGCUGUCGCAUCAGUUAUUGCUGUCUCAAUACCAAGCAACCGCCAACAUAAAGGCUAUACAGCGGGACGCAUAAUAAUGGCCAUGGUGUGCAAAUAUGCCAUUCUCGUCUCUUUCAACGCCGUUUAUAUUAUUAGUUCGGAGCUAUUUCCCACUUCUGUGCGCUCCAUUGGCUUGGGAACGUCGUCAGCUUGCGCAAGAAUCGGCUCAUUUUUAGCACUGUAUGUUGUUUGGCUGAUUCGUAUCCACCAUUUGUUACCUUACGCUAUUAUCGUUGUCCUUUGCGUUGUCACUGGGUUUAUAUGCUUCAAAUUUUUGCCGGAGACUGUUAGCAAACCUACUCGUGAAAGUAUGGAAGCUGUCCUUGAAAUGGGGACGAAGAAUGUCGAAGAAUUACCAUUAAAUGAAAACGAGACACAAACCGAACAACGUAUAUAAUAACAUGCAUGCAUCAUAUUAUUUUUGCACUGAGUCUGAGGAAACUAAUUCACACAUAAUCGCUGACAACCUUCUACCACCGUAAACGAAUCUGCAAGUAUGUUUGAAAGUAAUAUGUCAAAUUCAGAAUUUUUCAUUGUGGGCAUGAUAUUCAUUAUUUCAAUUAUAAACUUAAUUUUCAAACUUGAAAUCUUCUUCAGUCAAUGUAUAGCUAUAUAUAUUCCCAUCGCGAUAGUUGUUGUGUGGCUAUAUGAUUUGCAUGCAUGCAUGCACUGUUGUAAAAUCAAGGAUCAAAUUAUAAGUUA